AUGAGAAGGUUAAAAGUCGGCAUCCGACCGCAGUUGAUUGUGCUAGUCUGCUUUGCAUCGCUUCUUUCCUUGUUAAUAUUGGGUAUUGUUACAGGCCUGUACUUUAGUGAUAACUUGACCAACCUUCGUGGGGAAAGAUUAUACGUCAUCUCACAACUAAAGACUGCUCAAGUUCAACAAGCUGUUGCGUAUGUUGCAUACCAAGUGGGCUCAUUGGCAUCAAUCGACUCAAUAACUACUCCGCUUUCACAGUAUAGAGCAGGCAACAACUCAAGAGAUGUAUUUGUUGACGCUCAAGAAACUUUGGAACAAUUUAUGACAUCAACUGAAACAUUUGCUGCUGCUAGAUUAUACAACUUGGAUCUAGAGGUUAUGGCAUCAUCAUACAACAAUAUCACAACCGUAUCGACAGACACUGCAGACCUGCUAUUUCCUUUAAAGGCUAACGCCUCUAUUCCAGCACCAUUACUAAACACCAACAGCUCAGAAUUUUACUUUACUGGACCCUUGGCCAACAUUUCAAAAACAGAUGUCAACAGCCCAUACUUUAUGGGGGUCACAUUACCCGUCUAUGCAAACUCCUCGAUUCUUAUUAACCAACCAUAUGUUGCAGGCUACUUGUCAGUUGUAGCUUCGGCUGCUACUAUUCAAGAAGCAUUGAAUGUUUCAACCGAGGACUACUCAACAAUAGCAGUCAAACCCAUAUUUGGCACCAUCGUCGAUGGGUUAAUUGUCGAAAACCUGGACACAAAUAUAGAUCAAUCAACAAAUCCAGCAAUUGGAUUUGAAAUAGUCUUUCCCUCGGAAGCAACCUUGAUCCAGCCGGGGGUGCCGUAUAGCAUAAAUGCAUCCGACUCGAUAAAGACAGCUAUCGAAUCACCAUCAGGGGUAGCCACCAAUGUCAAAGCAUUUGCAGGUUUUAGUGUUGCCAUCGGAUAUACUCAAAUCUACAUAAAUAACUUGUUAUGGGACAUUAUUGUUGUGCAACGACAAUCAGUGUUUGACGAGCCAGUCGAAAAGCUAAAGAAAAUUAUUAUUGGAGUGGUGAUUGGUAUUGGAGCUUUUAUGUGUUUAAUUACCUUUCCCUUGGCUGUGUGGUUUAUCCGUCCAAUCACAAAACUUAAGGAAUCUACCGAAGCAAUAACUGGAUAUAAAAAGGAAAAGGGAUUCUUUUCGAAUAAAUGGAGUAACAGAAAUACAUCGUCUUCUGGAAAUAAUGAUCCUGACGAUCAUCACAAUGAUCAUCACAAUGAUCGCCAUAGAAACAAUAAAGGUAUCAAAAACACCAACGGUGAAGGUGCAGCAAUGGAUGAGAAAUUUGGCGGACACGAAAGUGUAUUAUCAUCAACUGGUGGCGAGUCUGUACAAUACUCGACUGGAAUCAAAUUACCCAUGAGAAUUGUGCCCUCCAAAAAAAUUUUCAAAGAUGAAUUGACAGAGUUGUCCGAAGCAUUCAAUAUCAUGACCGAUGAAUUGGACAAGCAAUAUACACAUCUAGAAGACCGUGUCAAGCUUAGAACUAAGGAAUUGGAGGCGUCUAAACUUGAAGCAGAGGCCGCAAAUGAAGCCAAAACGGUUUUCAUAGCCAACAUAUCACAUGAAUUGCGUACUCCGUUGAAUGGUAUAUUGGGAAUGACCUCAAUAGCAAUGGAGGAGAAAGACCAUUCGAAAAUUCAAGAUUCGCUUAAAUUGAUACAACGCUCAGGAGAGUUGCUUUUACAUAUUUUGACGGAAUUGCUAACUUAUUCAAAAAACACAUUGAAUAGGUCAAAGUUGGAAAAGUCGGAUUUUCAAAUCCUUGAAAUAGUCUAUCAGAUAAGAUCAAUUUUUAACAAAUCGGCACAAGACCAAGGAGUCAACUUUAAAAUGUAUGUCAAACCUAAUGCAUUGAGGAAACUAAUACUUUUUGGCGAUUCCAAUCGGAUUAUUCAGAUAAUCAUGAAUUUGGUAUCCAACUCAUUAAAAUUCACACCUAUAGAUGGCAAUGUUGAUGUUGUGUUUAAACUUUUGGGCGAAUACGACGCAGCAACUUCAAAAGCUUGUGAUUAUGAAAAAGUCUGUCUUUUUAAUAACCCUAAAUAUCCACCACCGCCUAAUACAUCGCGUCAACUACUGCAUCCAGAACAGCUGCAACAAUUGCAACAACUGCAACAACUGCAACAACUGCAACAACUGCAACAAGGAAAACCCCACAAGAGACUGAAUUCAGUAUCUAGCAGAAUUAGUCGCACCAGUCAAGCAACUCAAGGUAAACGACAGCUGAGAACUUUUAGAGACUCAAAAACUCCAGGAAUGGUAAACCCAUUGACUGGCGUUGCUGAUGGCGAUGAGGAUAAUAUCAGUUUAGUCACCAUGUCAACAUCGCAAUAUGAAGACGCGUUGUUUGAGCAACAAUUUUUGUCAAAUUCAAAAUCGUUGCCCAAAGCUCCUUCUAAUGUUGAAUAUAAGAACAAUUCCACCGAGGAAUGUGAUGAAGGAAGCAAAGAUGAAAACAGUGUAAACCAAGCUCAGGGCGUUAUACGUAAUGAUUCUGAUAUUACAAAGAUUAGCUCUUUAGCUAGCAAGGAAUCUAUAGUUGCCACACAAAGCAAAGGGGCUACUGAAUUUGAAGGCACUACCCCUACUAUUGAACCAAAAACUCAAACAAGACAUUAUGUUAUGCCGAAAGAAAAAGAUUAUAAAUCGUAUCCAACGUUGGACAAAAAGGAACUUCGUGAUUCAACUGACAAAACUUUUGUCAAUGGUCGUGUUUCUUACCCUAUUCGACCAUUGUACCUGCCGAGAUCUUGGGUCUUGCAAAUCUCGGUGACAGAUACCGGUCCCGGGAUUGAACCCGCCUUGCAGGAUAAAGUUUUUGAGCCAUUUGUACAAGGCGAUCAAACUUUAAGUAGAAGUUAUGGGGGUACGGGGCUAGGACUUAGUAUUUGUCGACAAUUGGCCAAAAUGAUGAAUGGAACUUUAACAUUGAAAUCAACUAUUGGCCAGGGAUCAACAUUCACAUUGACUAUACCAUUACCGCAAACUGGCGAAAUAGCUAUUCCUGCUGAUGAGUUGGCAGAGAUGUGUCAAGAUGAAUUCAAUCCUGACUUUGAAUUGAACAACAAAGCUGUCAUCGAAGAAAUCCAAGAAGAAGAAGGUGAUAGCAAGGAAGGUUCAAGUACUCGAAAAAUAGACAAUAUUACAAGUAUAGGUGAUGGUGUUGCUACUUCUUCAUCUAGCGAGAAUGGAUCAUCUAGACAUGAGCAAAAUAUCACUUUCAAGUCAACGGCGCAUAAGAUUCGCCCUUCACUAAUCUCGCAUGGUUCAUCGCCCGCUAUAAUUACUACUUCUACGUGUUCUUCAACGAAUAGUGUCACCAAAACAUCGUCCAUUCUGAACUUUGAGAAAUCACAAGCAUUUUCACAAGGCUCAACGGGCACGGCUAAUGUUCAGUCUGCAUCAGGUGCUGGAAACGUGGGUGCUGGUCCAAGUGAAGGGUAUGAUAACUCCCUGAGCUCUGUAUCUACGCCUACGCAUCCGCCGUCUGUUCCCGUCAACUCCGUUAUGGAAGAUAUAUUCAAUUUAAAGAUCCUUGUUGCAGAGGAUAAUCAUGUUAACCAAGAAGUGAUUAAAAGAAUGUUGAAACUCGAGGGAUUCAACAAUUUGACAAUGGCAGCCAAUGGCGCCGAAGCAGUAGAGUUUGUCAAGAAUUCGCUUGAAUCAGAGUCUUCCAAAGAUCAAUUUGACUUGAUCUUUAUGGAUAUUCAAAUGCCCAUAAUGGAUGGAAUCACCGCUGUAAAUAUUAUCCGACAGAAUUUGAAAUUCACCAAACCAAUAAUUGCAUUGACUGCAUUUGCUGAUGAUUCCAAUAUUAAGGAGUGCUAUAAUGCCGGGAUGAAUGGCUUUUUGUCAAAACCGAUAAAGCGAACAAAUUUGAGAACGAUGAUUAGUAAGAAUUACCCCAUUUUGUUAAAGGAAGUUGUCGUUACUCCGCACUCAAUCAGUUCUCAGCGAAGUUCAUACUUCCCCAAUGUGACAUGA